AUGGCGUCGUGGCGUUCUGUAGCGGUGCUGCUGGUGGUGGCCGCGGCGGCGGCGGCGACGGAGGGUCCGGCCGAAUCGGCGGUGGAGCGGCCGACGGCGGCGGCGAUAGCGGCAACAGGACAGAGAGGAGAACCCACUGUCAAGGCCAGUCGGAUGAAGAGGAGUCUGCAGUACGAUUUUGACGGCUGGUAUCCCCUAGACGUCAGCAACCCCAUGGCUGACGAUCCUACGGUCGGUUACCAGCCUCCGCCGCUCACGCAGGUCCACUUCAGCGCCGAACCGUCGGCCAAGAAGCCCAUGUACCCGGUGAGGCCCGAGAACCCGCCGGUGUUCGUCGUACGGUCAGAGAAGGUACAGCCCGAGUACGACUCUGUUUACGGCACGGAGAACAUCGAGUACUUCCACAUCCAUCCGCAGACCAACAUCAUUCGAGCUUUCCGGUCUCCGUCGCAGACUGUCGGGGCGAUUCGCUUCAUGUCGGCGCCACAGUUCGGGGAGGACGAGGAGCAGACAGAGACUUCUGGCUCUCCGAAGAUAAGCUCAGAGGACCGGAACGCCACUGACAAGGAGCCAGGGUUUGCCGACCGAGCAGAUGACUUCGCAAAGGGCGGGGGAAAGAUUCAGUUUCCAGAAAGCGCAGCAUACGACGAUAACUACGAGGACGACAUGGAUGGGGCGUUCUCGGAGAUCCACCCCACGAUGGUCAGGGGCCGACCUGGCCACAUCUUCCAAUAUUCUUCAGGAGACUAUGAAGAAAGGCCUAGCGUGAUACGUCGACAGGAUUAUACAGGAAAUCGAGAGACCGACAGGACGCGAUCCAGAGUGGCUCUCUACGAGCUCUUGGGUAAUCAUAAUCCUGAGUCCCAAAUUGAAGAGGCUCCUUACUUAGGAUCUGCCACUGAUUCUGCGGGAGCAUCAAACAUUCGCAAAGUCUUGCCGCCAACCUUUUUCAGAAACCUGCCCAACCGUCGCUCCAGCACCACAAGAACCAGUUCUGGCCGAACGCCCACAAGAAGAGGCGGGAACGACUAUGAUGAAGUCUCCCCAAGCUCGACCCGGUCGUGGUUCCUCAUCGAAACACGAUCUGAGACACCAAACAGAAAGCGGGAGCCAUCUAUAGCCUCGUACAUUCACCCCGAGACCCACACUAAUGAUGAAAAGAUCCAUUACAAACCUUAUGGCCCUGUUUCCUACGUCCCUCGAGGGGUGACGAGAGGCGAACACAUCCACAAUCCUCACCUGGAUGACCACAUGAACUCCUACAAGCCCAGCACCAGCCUCACCGCCAACAGCCUCUCGGAACUCUUGCAGAUAUUCCGCUACACCCAAGUGACGGACUCACCCAGGGAGAGGGGCGCCACUGAUAACCCUGUAACCUUGAGGGAGUUCAGAUACACUCGGCCGACCGAGGAACCUCCAACAACCCCGUCGACCUUCUUCCCAAGCAGUCUGAGGUACACCACGCCCCCAGCUCCUGCAGAUGAGCCCUCGACAGAGACCGCGGUGACGGAGAAGGAGCAGGGCAAUUUCUUCGACGCCGUGGCUGACACGAAUUCCCUCGACGGAUACCUCUUUUCAGACUCGGAGGCCAGUCCUGAAUACGCCCGUCCGCAGGUGCGCCCCAACGUUGUCAUCAUUGAGGGCAAGGACUCCCAUGAAUCUAAGGGCGUUGUUAGAGAGAGUUCGACGGUGAGGGUUGUCAGUUCCUCGAGCGCUACUUCUAGGCCCUCUCCAGUUGCCGACAGUCAGCCUGAAAAGACAAACUUUGAGGAUCUGGAAGUAAUCUUUACUGGUUCCAAAUCCUUGUCGUCGCCUCUUUACAUUAUUCACCAAGGUCAUUCUAAGGUCAGGGUCUUCGGUAUCAAUUCCGCAGAAGAUAAAUCUCAGGAUGGCUUUGAUUUUAAUGACCAUGUGAUCUUCUCGACUUACAAACCAACGUCGUCGGAGAACACCACCUCCACCAGUUCACCUUCCACCUCCACCACUACCUCCUCCACCUCUACCACCACCUCCUCUACUCCCACCACUAGCACAGUCACUUCCACCACUAUGGCCAGCACCACCGCAACUCCCCCUACUGCAACUACCACCCUUUCCACCCUUUCCACCUCACCCUUUCUUGUAGAUGAAGACACCACUACCGAUGUAACCCCCACAGACACAACCCCCGAACCUAGCACGCAGAUGGUAACAGAAUACGAGCUUUUACCCGUAGGAGACAAUGACGAGUAUGAAUAUUACUACUACGACGAUGGUGUUAUUCACGACAUGGCGGUCGGAGACGACUACCGCUCCGAGGGUGGUGUCAGGCCAACUCUGAAGCUGCCCAACCCCCCUCUGCCCCGGCCUAGCCGCGAAGCCCACGGGUCGCCAGUCAUUUCUUCUCCGCUUGACGCUCCGUCCCUGGACGCUUACCCGAGCCCCGCAGCCUUUUCCUACCUCUUCCAGGAGCGGCUGCCGCAUGCCGAACCCCUUCUGCCCCAGCAGGGGGACAGUGGCGGCGCCCCGGCCCAGGCCCUGGCCAAGGACACCCUCAGUGUGCCCAGAGCAGUCUUCUUCACUAAGAGACAGCCCGGCAGCCAAAGCACCCGAGACGACGUCCAGAUUUCGCAUCCGUUCGAGUAUCUCUCCGAGCUUUCCCACCUGGAGAAGGAGCUGAGGAAGCCCUUGCAGACGACGACGGCGCCCUCGGCUCACAGCCCUCCGCAGAUGAAGAGAGUCACCUCAGGCCUAGCUGACGCGUGACUGCUGCUGUAGAAGGGUUGCUUAUGUAUAAUAUGUAUAACAAGUUAGCGUUAGCACAAAAGAAUUUAUGAGAAAGAUAAUUUCCUGUAGGAGGAAGAACAGUUAUGUGUGAGGCGAAUGCUAGGACCUUCAUCAUCAUAGCAGACUACUACAUUAUUUUCACUAAAAUCAUUCAGAAAGCAUCAGGAUUACGAUUUAUUUCUUAAGCCGGCCUUUCUGUUGGGUAAAAGUCACAAAACUGGAAACGUGGGUCUAUCAAAUUUAAACAUUAUUUGUAAAACCCGUCUCUGAUAUGCCUUUAAGCCUAUGUUUAAGAGGUGUAACAAGAGGUAUAUGUCCUUCCAGAAUCUUCACUGUGAGAGUCCUCUGUAAUAGUUUUUCUUCUGUGGUAGUUCUCUGACCAGCGUGACAUUGCUAACCUGUUAACACAUCAAAUUCUUGUCAUUCUCUGUAAAUCAACAAUAGGUUAAGUUCUUGUGUAUUAUUUUAGUAAAAACUGUAAACUUUACAAUCAGGAGGCUAUUAUCCAGUGGUUACAGGAAAAAGGUGAACAGAACAUAAAAAAGCUGGUUUUCACUCCGUAAUCAAUUCAGAAAUGUAUCCAAUUCAACAAAUUUCUAAAAUUUUCAGGAGCUUUAUGAAUUUUGAGCUUGCAGAUACUGUUGCAUUACAAAAAUGAGUGAAACUUCAUCAGUACAAGAAACCGUCCACCUCAUCCACUGGUAAUUUCAAUCAGUAUCAGCAGAUUACUUUUUAAUUCAUUGGUAGACUGGCCUGUGUGUCUCUAUGUUAUAUCGGUUAACAAUUUAAUCUCAAUGUCUACAGUGUAAGUUAUAAGAAAAUAUGAUUCUAAUGAACCUCAAAACUGGUAGUCUUCAUAAUGUUAAGAAACUUCAUUUGUAGUAUCAUGACAUCCCUGUUCUAUAUAGGUCAGCACUGUUAUUUAUUCACAAACUGAUCUGAUCCAUACUGCAAAGUAAAAAUGUCUGAUUGAUAUCAGACUGGCAAAAAACAAAAAGGAAAUUAACCUUUCCUUUCUUCCUUUUUCCUUGGGAUAUACAUACCUCUCAAUUAUUCAUACGUUUUCUUUUUUUUUCUCUCCAUGUACUGAUCUUAAUUUCUUCCUUUGAAUCCAUUUUCCUCCAUCGUUCCUUCAUGCUCAAAUAUAUAAAAAAGAAAUAACAUUGGGCUUACCAUUGGACCUGUGUUGUAGCAUGUCCUCUGACCUGUCCAAGCUCAAGCAACCAUAAAAUCACUCAAAAAGUAGUGGUUCAUAACUCCUCUGACAGCACACUGACAUUUUGCCAUUUACAAAACGGUAUCUGAGCAGACUCAAAGGGAAAGCCAUUAAAUCUGUAUAAUUUGUACAUACAUCUUGCUGUAGAAGUGUCUUUGAAUAUAAUGACUAGGUUGAAUUCCUUUCAUCUCUUGAUAUCAUAAUUAUAAUAAUAAUUGAUAUUAUUAUAACUAUUCCUAUUAUUACUAUUAUUAUUAUUAUUAUUAUUAUUAUCAUUAUUAUCAUUAUUAUUAUUAGAGUAUAUUCUCUCUACUGAACAUUUCAUGACUUGUUUCCUUCACCUGUAUAUUAAUAUGUUACUGUUAGGUGUUUAUUGUUAGUAUAAAUUUUAUCCUGUUUACAUAAUGAAAUAAACAGCCAAUGACAUAUACAUUUUUUUUCUCCUAAAUGUUUGUAAGGACAUACUUGUUGUUCAGCAUCCUUGACACCUCUGUAUUACUGUAUCUGACCUUUAAUAUCAAUAAAAACAUUAGCUACAACACAA